AUGAGUUCUGUGGGUGUAUUCCGUAAGGUGGAUGUUGAUGAAAAAUCAUAUUGGGUAUACACAUUAACACAAACAGAUAACCCAGCCUCCUCCACUGAAACACCACCUUCAACUUCUUUUUUCUGCCCUAGUGCACGUGUGAGAUUUCUAAAGUUAAAACUAAAGGAGAACAAUGCUGAUGAUGUUUACCGGCUUCAUCCAGUUAUUUCUCCCGCUCACUUCCCCAGCACAAGAAGCGGUAAUCAACAAGGCGAAUCUUUGCUUGAUUGCAACCACGAUAAAAUAUGUAAGCUCCCUGUAGUUCAUCUCAAUGAUGUUGAUGACGAAUUCAAGUGUGGUAUAUGCAGAAGUUCAUGGGUCAGCACAAGCUAUUAUGCAUGUCUCCAAUGUCAGGAAAAGUUCCACAAAGAAUGUGUUGAGUCUCCACCUGAGAUCAGACACCCUUCUCACCCCUUUCAUCCUCUUCGACUCUAUCGUGAAGGAAGUGGUAAGGAAUGCAAUUCUUGUGAAGAAAGUAUCUACACCAAAUUGUAUUAUCAGUGUACUACCUGCAAGUUAUUUAUGCAUCCAAGAUGUGCGAUGAAAUCAAUACCAUUUAUUGAAGACCACCCAAAGAGCCAUCCCCACCCUCUCAGCUAUUUCCCUACACAAGCUUCUUUAGUUUGCCAUAUAUGUGGCAUGAUCAACAACCUUGAUCCCACAUACAUCUGUAUCCAGUGUAUCUUCGUAAUCCAUAAAAAAUGCCUCGGUUUCCCACGUGCCAUACGGAUAUCUCGUCACCACCAACGUCUCUCUUUUACUCCUUCUCUUCCACCUGGAAAAUUGUUUUGCGGAGUCUGCCAUCGACAGGUGGACAACAAUUAUGGCGCAUACUCUUGUAGUAAAGGUGAAGCUUUUUUUGCACACUCAAAAUGUGCGUUAGACAAAAAGGUGUGGGAUGGAAAAGUUCUCGAUGAAGUACCAGAAGAAGAUGAUAUCAUAGACGAUGGUGAACCGUUCAAAAGGAUAGCUGAUGGGAUAAUACUCCAUCCUUUUCAUAGUCACAAUCUGCAUCUUGAGAUCAGCGAAGCUUAUGACGAAAACAAGCUUUGUCGAGGGUGUUGCGUUGCAAUUUACGAAGGUCAAUUCUAUUCAUGCAUGGAAUGCGACUACAUCCUCCAUGAGAGUUGCGCAAAUGCUCCACGCAUGAAACGACAUCCUUUACAUCCAUAUCCACUUACACUAAAUGUUGCCACCAUCGGACCUGAUAAUAACGAAGGUAUAUUCCGUUGUAGUGUUUGUUCUUAUUAUGGUACUGGCUUCUUUUAUAAGCAUCAGAUAGGAGAAACAAGGUUCCAGCUUGACUUGCGGUGUGCCUCUAUUACUCAACCAUUUCAUUAUCAAGGCCACAAACAUCCUUUAUUCCUUCCUUUGGAACCCCGGCCGGAGGCACGUUGUCAAACGUGCAAAUACCAAAGCUACAGUUGGAAAGUUAACUGUUGCAUUGAAUGUGAUUAUAUGAUAUGUUUCCGUUGUGCUACCUUACCAUACAAGGUUAAGUAUAAGCAUGACAGUCAUUUUCUCACAAUUUGCGAUGGGAAAGAGGCAAGUGAUGAACCAGAUUGGUGUGAGAUUUGCGAAGGCAAAAUAGAAGCAAUAGAAGAAAGAGUGUAUUACGGGAACCAAACAAAAGAAUUGCGAUUUUAUAAAUGCGAUGACUGCUGCAGGACUCUUCAUGUUGAAUGUUUACUUGGUGUAAACAUUUACAUGAAACCUGGUAAUACGAUAAAUGACUAUGUUUAUUUUACCAAGUACUCAUUUGAAACUGAGUGUACAGAGUGGAUAAAGGUUCGGAUUCUUCUCAACAGUUCUCUCUCCCGACCAAUUUGCACUGGAUGCAAUCGCCGUUGUCCGUUCCCAGUAGUUUACCAACAGUCUGAAAACGAAAUAUUUUGUUCUUGGGACUGUAUUGGAUAUGCGACGUGGUGA